AUAUAAAUUCCAUCCUUAACCAUUUUCCGCACUCAUCAAACGCUAGGGUUUUUGCAGUCAUCGUGCUUGCGCAUCUUUUCCCUAGCUGCGGACUUCAGUUUCAUUCCGAAUCUCAAUCAUGGCAACUCAAAUGAGCAAAAAGCGAAAGUUCGUCGCAGACGGAGUUUUCUUCGCUGAAUUGAAUGAGGUUUUGACAAGAGAGCUUGCUGAGGAUGGUUAUUCAGGUGUUGAAGUUAGGGUUACACCGAUGCGCACUGAAAUCAUCAUCAGAGCUACUCGUACCCAAGCUGUUCUUGGUGAGAAGGGAAGGAGGAUUAGAGAACUUACCUCAGUGGUACAGAAGAGGUUUAAGUUCCCCGAGAACAGUGUUGAACUUUAUGCUGAGAAGGUUAACAACAGAGGACUUUGUGCCAUUGCUCAGGCUGAGUCUCUUCGUUACAAGCUCCUUGGUGGUCUUGCCGUCCGCAGGGCUUGCUAUGGUGUUUUGAGAUUUGUCAUGGAAAGUGGGGCCAAGGGUUGUGAGGUUAUUGUCAGUGGAAAAUUAAGAGCCCAGAGAGCCAAAUCCAUGAAAUUCAAGGAUGGUUACAUGAUUUCUUCUGGACAACCAGUCAAGGACUACAUUGACUCUGCAGUGAGACAUGUGCUCCUUAGACAGGGUGUUCUUGGUAUUAAAGUUAAGAUCAUGCUUGAUUGGGAUCCUAAAGGUAAACAAGGUCCUAAAACUCCUCUCCCUGAUAUUGUCACCAUUCACACUCCAAAGGAGGAGGAAGAGUACAUCCAGUCUGCUGCUGCCGUGUCAAAUGAUAUUGAGGUUUCAGCUGCAGUCCCUGUUGUUUGAAAAUGUUUUGAUUGCUUUGGAGUAGUCCUUUUAAUUUAGCCGAGCGUCUGGUUUGUCACUUUUGUUUCAUGAUGAAGUGUGUUAAAAGACUUGGUCACAAUUUUUGUAGUUUCAGAAUUUCUAAGAUAUUGUUAACUUUUUUUAAGGUAUAAGAUAUUGUUAUUAUUAUACCCAGUUUCAAGUAUUUAAGGAUUAAUUGUUCUUUUUUUAUUACAA